AUGCAGACUGCUUCUACAAACAUUGGUGAAAGACUGUGCAAUAAGUCCAUCCGGGACAUUUCCUGGCUACUAAAUAUUCCCACGCUCAACUGUUUAGUGGGAUUAUAACAAAGUGGGAGCAACUGGGAAACAACAGCCACUCAGCCACCAAGUGGUAGGCCACGUCACAUGACAGAGUGGGGCUCAGCGCAUGCUGAAGCGCACAGUGCGCAGAAGUCACCAACUGUCUGCAGAGUCAAUAGCUAAAGACCUCCAAACUUGGUGUGGCCUUCAGAUGAGCCCCACAACAGUGGGUGUAGAGAGCUUCAUGGAAUGGGUUUUCCAUGGGUCCGAACAGCUGCAUCCAAGCCUUCCAUCACCAAGUGCAAUGUAAAGCGAUCGGAUGCCGUGGUGUAAAGUCACGCUGCCACUGGACUCUAG